AUGAAUAAUAAUUUAAAAAGUACCUAUAACAAAAUUUCCGAUGUUUUCUCGAAAUCCUAAAUUAAGAAGGCAGUUGAAUCUCUUCAAACCUAUAAGGAUAGAUUGAAAUUAAUUGAUUCCAUCAUAGAUCGAAGAUAAGAAAUCAUUAAAGUUAACGAUUUCUCCAAAAUCUAAAAGUGUGCUCAAACCUUUAGCAAAAUAGUCAAGAAAUACAAAAAUCCUGAUGAAGAUGAAAAUACCAUAAACUAAAGAUUCUAAAUGUAAAUGGUCAUUAGCUAAUUUCUCAAAAAAAACAUAUAGAAUUCUCGAAGUCCGCUAUCAAGUCCUUAAUCAAUCCAGAAUUUUGUCACUUAAACCCUGUCGCAUAAAAAGGAUUUUACCUAACAAUAAGCAUCCUCAUGCCGAAGUCGCUAUUUCAGUUCUUUGGACUCCCUUAAUCAAUAGAAUAAAUAGCUGGAAAUAAUGAGCGACGAUGAUAGGGACAUUCAAAACUUAUAAAGAAAAAUUUAACAUAGUCUAGUUCUGAGAACAAGAAUCUCGCAUGAUCAAAAUCGAAACGAUGAACAGAAUAACUUAAAAGUCUAUUUGAAAUAAUAGGGUUACUUAAGAAAUAAUAGAACAAAACAGUCUCAAGAGCCACAAUUAACUGGUUUUGUUGAAAACGAAUAAUAGUGUUAAUCUAAAUAAAAACUAUUAAACAAAAUUAAAGAGACUCAAGAAGUUAAUCAUAAAUAUCUAAAUUAAAUUAAAUUGAAUAGAAAUUUUCAAUUGAUUGAUGAUUAAGGUAUUAAAAUUCGAGAAAAUAAAAAAUAUCAAAAAAAAAAAAGAGAAAUUUUUGAUAAAUCUAACAUAAUACUAUGUUCAUUCAAAAUAUGA